AUGUGGAUGCUUCCAGGGCAGAACGAGAGCUGGGUUUCUGAGUUUAUACUGCUUGGCUUCUCCAGGGACCCCACAACCAACAGGACCCUCUUCGUUGCCUUCCUUCUCCUGUACCUGAGCUCAGUCCUGGGCAAUGAGCUCAUUGUCAUCUUGAUCCUCCUGGACACACACCUCCACACGCCCAUGUACUUCUUCCUGUGUGUCCUGUCCCUCAUCGACGUGGCCUACAUCACCACCACCGUGCCCCAGAUGCUAGUCCAUCUUCUCACUCGCUCUCAGACCAUCACCUUUGCUGGCUGCUGGCUGCAGAUGUACGUGUUUGGUGCCCUGGGCCUGACUGAGGGCACCUUCUUUGUAGUCAUGGCUUAUGAUCGAUAUGUGGCCAUUUGCCACCCACUGCGUUAUACUGUCAUCCUCAGUUGGGGCCUGUGCACAUGGCUGGCAGCUGGGACAUUGGCCUGUGGUUUCUUCUUCUCUCUGAUCCACACCUUCUUCACCAUGAGGCUACCCUAUUGUGGGCCAAACGUGGUCAACCACUACUUCUGUGAAGGCCCCUCGGUACGGAGCUUGGCUUGCAUGGACACUCACCUCAUUGAGAUGGUGGACCUGGUCAUCGGUGUCUUUCUGGAUGUUUCCCCACUGUCUGUCAUUGUGGCCUCCUAUGUUCAUAUUGCCCUGGCCAUCCUCAAGAUCAAGUCCAUUCGGGGCCGCUGCAAGGCUUUCUCCACCUGUGCCUCCCACCUGACCAUGGUCACAUUCUUCUAUGGUCCAGCCACUUACAUCUAUCUGAGGCCCAAUUCCAGCUAUUCCUCUGAGCGAGACAAGCUGAUCUCACUCUUUUACAAUGUCUUCACUGCCCUCUUCAACCCUGUGGUCUACAGUCUCAGGAACAAGGACAUCAAGGAGGCAUUUCUUAGAGUGAUGGGUCAUGGUAGGGUGGCCUAG